GUGCAGCUCGCACUGACACGGAGCUUGUGUCCUCCAUGAUGCAAAAAAUCACUCUGUUGGAACAAAAAAUAGAGAAACAAGCACAAGAACUCCAACUGAAGGACAGGAGGAUUGCUGAACUUGAAGAAAAGAUGCAGACUCUUCAGAAAGGAGAAGAUGCUCCUGAUGGAUCCACAGUUGAGGAACUGGAAAUUAGGUGCCUUCAGCUGCAGAGGCAGGUCUGGGAGAUGGAGCAGUUUCUAAAUGACUAUGGUCUGAUUUGGGUUGGAGACAGACACGAAGGGCUGGAAGAUUUAGAAUCACUCAGGGCUGAAGAAGGGCUGCCAGCACAGAGCCUCUGGAAGCCAGGUGAAGCAGUGGUUUCCCAACACCAGAUUGAUUUUGAUUUCAUCUUGGAAAAGGUGAAGGAUUUGAACGUGCUGGCUGGAGAAGGCAGCUGUCAAAUUGAGCACAGGCCGGGGGGUGCUUGGCUGAGUCAGCCGGAACCCCUCCCUCUGGUGCUGUACCAAAAUGGGAUCAUCAUGUGCCACGGACCCUUCCGGCCCUACCAGGACCCAGCCACGCAGCAAUGCCUGCAGGAUAUUAUGGAUGGCUAUUUCCCUUCAGAGCUGCAGAAGCACUACCCAGAUGGGGUCCCUUUGCAGGUGACUGACAGAAGGGACAUGGUAUUUCAGGAGAGAGACCUUCCAGGGCGUUUUCCUGGCCGUGGCCAAAUGGUUGGCUAUUCAAAGACAAGUGAAGUGCAGGAAACCACCAAGAUCCCAGGUUCCACACUCCCCUUGGAGCAGUUUCUCAACAAGUUUUCCAAGCCCUCCAAACACAGAGAAGUGACUGGUGUCCAAGAUUCAGCCAGAGCAGCACAGCAGGGCUCGGAUGGGGUGAGGAGCAGCAAAGAGAUCCUGGUGGAGACACCCAGGCUGUCUGCCCCAGAGAGGGUGGAGGCAGCUGAAGAGGGUGAAGCUUCUGCCCCCGACGUCUGCAGCCUCCGCAUCAGAUCUGAGAGUGGGGAGCAGAGCUACGUCCUGAAGCUGCUGCUCACAGAGACCAUCGGGGACCUGCGCCAGCGCCUCGCCCACGCCAGGGGUGGAGACUCCGACUCAUAUGAGAUCAUCAGCACCUUUCCCCAGAGGGUGUACACUGACAACUCCAUGAGCCUGCAGGAAUGUGGCCUGAUCCCCAACGCCUCCUUGCUGCUGCGGAGAAGAGACCCCUCCCAAAAAGGGGGGACAGGGCUGUAA